UCUUCGGUUUCUUAAGCACAGCCUGCUGGCAGCCCCUUCCUUGGAGGCCCAAGAGUGUCGGCUUAUCCGCUGGCAGGACUCAGAGGACUCACAGGACUCUGGACAGGCAACCCGAUGUCUUGGGCUCGCCUUAUCCGUGGCUUUCACUUCCGGAACUCGGCUGCCGAGGAUAACAACAAAAACAGUGAGUAGCUGCAAAAAACGGCAAAGAACUUGCAAAAAAAAAAGGAAAAAAAUAUCCUGGCGAGAAAAAAGGAUUAAAGACAGCUGCAGAUUGCAAAAUUACACAAGAAUGCUGUAAGGACAGUGACCAAAGAACCGGCUAUGGAAUCCGGCAGUGGAUUCCCAUACAUAUCGCCACCAGCACCUGCACCUGCACCAGGACCUUUUCCAGCACCUGCACCUGCACCGGCAUAAGAGAGCCCCUGGAGGAGCAGCCAUACGCCACCGGAGUGACCAUGUUUGUGAUGAGCAUCUGGUGCAGCAGCCUCAGCCUGAGUAGCCGGAGUCUGGCCAUCGCCCUGGUGGUGUGCAUCACUCUGGUCUACUUCUCCUACAGCUUCAAUGCCUGCCUCCUGGCCAGCAUCAGUCGCAGCCUCCAGCAGAGCAAUCUCCGCAACCUGCUGGCACUCACCUCCACAGCCCGCAAUGAGAGCAGUGACACGGGAAACAGUAGCAGUUCCACCAAUACCAGUAGCACCAAUGCCUCCACCUCUGUAUCCACCAAUGCUCCGCCAGCUCAGUCCGUAACGAGCAGCCUGGAUGGAGCACCCAAAUAUCAGCUGCUUCGGCAGCAGGGACUCCGGCCAUCGCGUCAUCUGCCGGACACUUUGAUCAUCGGAGUCAAGAAGAGCGGAACUCGAGCGCUGCUGGAGUUCAUCCGACUGCAUCCGGACGUGAGGGCCGCUGGCUCCGAGGUGCACUUUUUCGACAGGCACUAUCAACGCGGCUUGAGAUGGUAUCGCCAUCACAUGCCCUACACCAUCGAGGGUCAGAUCACCAUGGAGAAGACUCCCAGCUAUUUUGUGACCAAGGAGGUGCCCCAAAGAGUCUAUCACAUGAAUCCGGCCACCAAACUGCUGAUUGUGGUGCGGGAUCCGGUGACGAGGGCCAUCUCGGACUAUACCCAGGCGGCCAGCAAGAAGGCGGACAUGAAGCGGUUCGAGCAGCUGGCCUUCAUCAAUGGCACCUACUCGGUGGUGGACACCAACUGGGGUCCGGUGAAGAUCGGGGUCUAUGCCCGCUACCUGGAGCGCUGGCUUCUCUGCUUUCCACUGUCCCAGCUCCUCUUCAUCAGCGGGGAGCGUCUCAUCAUGGAUCCCGCCUAUGAGAUCGGACGUGUUCAGGACUUCCUGGGACUGAAGCGCGUCGUCACCGAAAAGCAUUUCUACUUUAAUGCCACCAAGGGCUUUCCGUGUCUCUUCAAAUCGGAGGCCAGGUCCACACCGCACUGCCUGGGCAAGACCAAGGGCCGAAAUCAUCCGCAUAUCGAUCCGGCGGCCAUCGAGCGACUCCGGGAGUUCUAUCGCCCAUUUAACAACAAGUUCUAUCAACUGACGGGAAUUAAUUUUGCCUGGCCAUAGGCUAUAUCGUUUAUUUGGUGAUGGAACUCCUGGAGUAGUUUCAGGUGCGGUCCUGGAGCUCAAGGAUUAGAGAAGAUGUUGUUGUUGCCAGACUGGCAAUGGACUGAUAUUGUUGAUUGCAUUUUUUGAUACAUGUAAUUGUACUUAUACACACAUAUACAGAUUAUAUAUAUAUAUAAUAUAUAUAUUAUAUAUAUAGAUAUAACCGAAGAUUAGUGCUCAAUUAAUUGUAGCUUUAUCAAAAAAAAAAAAAAUAAAAAACCUAAAAAAAAUUUCAACGAAGUGCGAAAAAAAAGGAAAAAAAUCAAAGGCACUAUAACAUACGGUUCCUCUUUUCAACUCAACUCAACUCAACUCAACCCAAAUCGAAUCACAUCGAAUCGGAUUGAAACACAGUCAGUCACACUAUACUACCUACAUUUACCUAACAUUAUAAUAUGCAUUCCAUAUAUAGUGACAAAAAUAGAGCUUACUACGAAAAUUCCUAAAAACAGUUUCCGCGCAUCUGCAGUUUCCCAAGCAUACCAUAUAUACACAUAAGAUCGUACGAUACGACUCGAUCGAUAUAUAUACACACAAGAAAAUAUAUAAUUAAAUAGUUCCAAAAACUACUUCAAAUUGCAUGACUCAAACCAAAUACAAUUGCUUAGCUAAUUUCAAUCAAAAAAAAAAAAAACAAAAACAUCUAAAUAAAUCAACUUUAACUCAAAACCUAG